AUGCUUUCGUAUGCAUCGAAAGUCUUAUCUGACCCGGUUGUCGAGACGGUGGUCAUUGCGUCACGCAUCACGCGGAUUCUCAUCGGGUCUGCCCUGGUCGUUGGCGGCAUCACAUUCGGUGCAUGGGAAGGCAUGCAUCAGUACGUUGAGCAUGUGUCGAUGCCUGAACGCUCGCGUCUCUCGCGUUUGGCACUUUAUAAUACACCCGAGGAUCUCUACGGCUUUGCCACUGACGAAGCGCUAUACGAUUGGACACACUGCUCUUGCACCGACUCUAGGCUCGGCAUGUAUGGCCGUCACAUUGUUCGUGCAGCAUGGAUGGCUCAGCAUUGGGGCAGUGGCAUCGAGCCCUCUGUCAUGCUAAGCCACAGAUCAGGAAACAGCGCGACAAGAGCUAGUACACCUAAUGAUCUGCCAGCAGCUACGGAGAACCAGGGUCUUCAUAUGGCUGAACAGUUCUUGUGCACUGCGUUGCAUAUUGCAGAAAAUCGACACUUGGUCGUGCCUGACGAAGUGACAUCAGAUUCUCAUGCACCGGACCCAGCUGCAGUGCGCCUAGAACUUUGGCUCGCUUCUAUCCGCGAGCAGCUUGGCACGCCACUUGCGAUCCACCAAGCCGCGCUUACGUGUGAGAAAAUGUAUGAUGUUGUACCAGACCCGGCACUUCGUACGCUCGUCGCGACCCGCCUUGGCACCCAAUGCGGACUUUUGGGCAAGACUCAGCGAGGUGAGGAAUGGCUCGAUCGAGCUAUGCAACUGGGCGGCAUGCACAUCCCAAUGCGCGAUGCCGUGCAUCUGCUUUUGAGUCGUAAAACGAACCCGUACAUCACGCCACGGAACGAGCGAACUACGGUCUCGAUCCUCCAAGCAUGGUCGGCCCUAUGUGCACAUCAAGUGUCUCAUAAUGACGCAAAGCAGUCGCUGCAUCAGGCGCAGGCGCAGCCAAAGGAGCAGUUGAAGGAGCAGGAGCGAGAUUCUUGGCUCAUGCAGGCUUUCAGAGCACAGCUUGCUGCUCUUGUGCUCACGGAAACCAUCCUAACGCGUGUCAACAAGGAGCCUGCUAUGCCUAUGGAGGGCGACAAACUCUUGCACAAGCUGUGGGCCGAGCAGAAACAAGGCGUCAUGGCCGUUCACAUGGCCGAAACACUGUAUGCAUUGCAAACGCACAAGAAGUCUAGCGUCUGGAUGACACUAGGCCGCCUCCUACAUAUGUGGACAUCGCUUACGGAUGCGUAUCCGUCGCAGUAUGUGCACAGUAUCCCAAUCACCAGCAUACAGCAGGGAUCCUUUGCCCAAAGCCAAGCAUGGCUUACGUUGGCAUGCCAACGAGCGGCAAGGGUAAAAGAGCAAUUGGCUAACGAUAGGCACCGCGGCGAUAUUUGUGCACAGAGCAUCCUCGCAGAUGCAAAUGAGCUGGAACAAGAAGCCAACAAGCUCCUACGUGCCCUGGAGCGGCGAUGA